AUGUGGUAAGAUAUGACUGCGCCCAUAAGGGCUGGAAAAAAAGAAUUGUUAUCGUAAUUACAUAUGAUUGUAAUUUGCAGGAACUACGAGCUAGACCACGGGGACACACAAUGUCGUUGAAAGACACCGAUCAAGGCCAGCGAAUGCCCAGAGACGCUGUUGUGGAAAUGUUGGCCAAAACAUUUAUGAAGCUACCAGACUUUGACAGGAAACUCUUCUUAUAUGGCCCGGUCUAUUUGGGUGGCAAUGCUGGGCUUGCUGGACUGAUCGCGAAUAGUUUUUUUCGACGUGCGCUCAAUGUAAGUCAAGGACGAUUUACUUCAAGUCUUCCUAUGGCCGUCCUUCCUUUUCUGACAACUGUGGCUCUGUACAAUGCAACUGUUAGUAAACCAUUGUUAUCAGGAGACCUGAACUGUCCAACCUGUGCCCUGAUCAGAGGCAGCUUAGUUGGUGUAGGUGGUGGUGGUUUAUACCCAAUCCUGCUGGCAUUGCCUGUCAAUGCUGCACUUGCAACAAGGUACAGUAGCACUCCAAUGCCAGAGAAGGGAAAUCUACUACGCUUUUGGACGAACUUGAGCAAAUCUAUUGUGCGUAAAAUGUUUCCUGUACUGAUACUACAGACUGUGUUUGGUACUUAUUUAAGCAAUAAGCACUAUGAAAUCUAUCUGAAGACUGUUAAAUUGUCAGAGUCAGACAAAGAGGAGUAUCAGGACUAAUUGCAUAAAGAAAUUUGUGCAGUAUAUGCCCAACACCCAAACGGCCUUUUCACUGCACCCAAUGGAUUUAUGGUGUAUAUGACUAGCUAUACUGUCUAAACAGACCUUUUGUCUUUCAUCUUACCAUGCAUCUUUCAGGGUUAAACCUUUUGUGUUGUUUACUUCUGAUUCAGAUUAAUAAUUAAAAUGUAAAUGUAG